GGAACUCAGCAUGUGUGAAAGGUCAAGGUCAGAUUUACUUCCGGGUUCAGAAAAUCAAAAAAAUAUUUAAGAUAUUGCCGUGUACUUCUUAAAUGUCCACAAAGGGCCUUGAUCUUUGUUUUGAUGAGCUAUCGCUAGAAGCGAAAGAGCUAUACCUGGGAGAUGAAGUGCAAUAUUUGGAUAGAGCACCAAGUGCAAUUGAGUUCCUUAGAAAUUGGGUGUGCCCAAAUAAACCAGUCAUCAUUAAGAAUGCAAUAGACCACUGGCCUGCUCUGCAGAGAUGGGAACAGCAUUCAUACCUAAGGGAUAAGAUCGGGAACAAAGAAGUGACAGUUACUGCAACUCCAAAUGGUUAUGCAGAUGCUGUACAUCAGAAUAAAUUCAUAAUGCCAGAAGAAAAGACAAUGACUAUGAACUCAUUCCUUGAUAUCAUGGAAACACCUGAGAAUUACAAUGGAGUGUAUUAUGUGCAAAAACAAAACUCUAACUUUACUGCCGAGUUUUCGGAAAUAAUAGAUGAUGCAGAAAAAGAAAUUCCUUGGGCUAGUGAAGCUUUGGGCAAAUGCCCAGAUGCUGUUAACUUCUGGAUGGGCGAUGGUAGAGCAGUGACAUCUAUGCACAAGGAUCAUUAUGAGAAUCUCUACUGUGUUGUAUCGGGGCAGAAACAUUUUAUCCUCCACCCACCCACUGAUCUGCCAUUCAUACCAUAUGGUAACUACUCCGCAGCUGCAUACAAAGAAACAACAUCAGGACAAUUUAACAUCAUAGAUCAACCAGACAUUGGAACAGUCCCUUGGAUAUCUAUAGACCCUUUAAAGCCAGACUUAGAGAAAUACCCCCAGUAUGCCAAAUCACAAGCUUUACAUGUGACACUCAAUGCUGCCAAGCCUGCUGCUUAUGAGGCCACAAAAAAACUGGUUUGUGAUCACCUUUUCUUGCUCUACAAUAAAUUGUUCUUCAGCAUGACAGAAUACACUGCCACAAUCCUAUGA